AUGGAAAACACGCGUGUUGCGCUUCGGGAGAGUCUACGACAAGUCCUCGAUCAACGUGACCAGACGAACGUUUGGCUCAACGGUCUUGCCGGCGUUGGAAAAACAUCCAUCGCGUUCACAGUAGCUGAGGAAAUGAAAGCAGCGGAAAGGCUUGCUGCUACUUUCUUCUUCUCGCACAAACAUGCACAAAGUGGUGCUGCCAUUAUUCCUACCAUCGCAUACCAGUUAGCGCUGGUUUAUCCACGUAUUCGACAAGAUAUCUUGAAAGCUAUCGUGGACGACCAGAUGCUUCUAUCUGCUGGAAAAUCCCGCAAUGAUCAGAUACAGAAACUUGUCAUCAUGCCACUAAGCGUGUUGAGAUUCCGUCAGGAGACUCCUUAUGCCAUCAUUAUCGAUGCUCUCGAUGAAUGCCUUUCCGCUGAAGAGGCGACAAGACUGGUCACGCUGUUGACAAAGGCGCUCUCAGGCCCGGACUUACCCAUCAUCCACCUCAUAUUCACAAGCCGCCCUGAGCUGAAUAUCCGCAUAAUAGCCAUGGAAGCUGGUCUCCAUGAGAUCCCCCUCACCACUAAUGAUACAGACACUAUACAGGAUGUCCGUUUCUUUCUGCGAGCAUCACUGGAUAAAAUACGGACAAGCCGUCCUACUGUUUUCGGCCAGCCGCCCAAGCCUUGGCCAUCAGAUGGGGAAUUUAGGACCUUGGCCUUUAAAGCAGGCGGUCUAUUUGUCUAUGCUGCGAUGGCCAUGAAUUUUCUAUCCGCCACCGGUUAUCAUCCGCAGCAGAGGCUAGAUCUCUUAGUUCGCGAAAAGUCGACUGUCAGUGCCGACAUCGACCAGCUCUAUCGCCAGAUUAUCGCGACUACGGAGAAUCCAAGUCUGUACUGCCAGAUGUUAGCGUUCAUCAUCCAUCUAUAUUAUCCAUUGAGACUCGCAAAACUCCAAGAACUCUUUCACGCAAAUAACGAAGACCUGGCUGUUAUGCUAGAAGUAUUUUCACCCGUCAUCCUGAAUCCACCCGAUGGGAUCGGAACAAUUGAGAUCUACCACGCUUCGCUCCGCGACUUUAUGAUGGACCCUCUCCGCUCGAAGCAAUACUACGUGGAUAGCGCACAUGCCCAUGAGCAUCUUGCAUCCUGCUGCUUUGAUCUGUUGAUACGAAGACGUUGCUGGUCAAGGCCAAGUUUUGAUGACACAGCCAGUUAUGCCUUUGAUCAAUGGAGCAAUCAUCUCCGUGUGGCCUAUCCUAGCAGCAGACUUCGGAAUCUCCUGCAUACUAUAUUUGCAGAGCAUCAAUUUUUGUUCCCAACUCAUGCUCUGGAUGAUGCAUUAUGUACUUGCUUAUCGAAAUGGUUCAGGACGUGGUCAGACAUUGCGCUUUCCUGGCAUAUUGCUGAAGCAAGUAUGACGAGAACUACCACGUAA